UAGUAGGCGGAGGCACGAGGCCACACACACACAUUGGAGGGAACCCCAUCAGCUGUGUGAAGCAACACAGCUUUAAUUUACUUUUAUUUUUCCAUCUCCGCUCUGUAGAUUCGUCGUUUUUUUUUUCCCCUAAGAGCUGAUAUUUCAGACAUGCGUCACUGAGAACAGCUACAGCUCUGCGGCAAAAACAAGCAGGACGGACGCAUUGGAGAGAAGAGAAAACACGGACAGCAGCAGCACCAGAAGGAGGUGGAGGAGGAGGCUGUGAAAGAAAGCAUGGAAUAUUUCAUGAUGCCGACAGAGAAGAUCGCGUCCUUACAGCAGUUUAAGAAGACUGAAAAGGAUGUGAUAGGAGGACUAUGCAGUCUGGCCAACAUCCCCCUCAGUCCAGAGACGGCCCAGGACCAGGAGAGACGAAUCCGCCGUGAGAUCGCCAACAGCAAUGAACGCCGGCGCAUGCAGAGCAUCAAUGCAGGCUUCCAGUCCCUCAAAACACUCCUGCCACAUGCAGAUGGAGAGAAGCUCAGCAAGGCGGCCAUCCUGCAGCAGACGGCUGACUACAUCUUCACAUUGGAGCAGGAAAAGACACAGCUCCUGGCACAGAACAACCAGCUCAAACGCUUCCUCCAGGAGUUCAGCGGUUCAUCUCCAAAGAGGAGGCGAGCAGAGGAGAAGGAUGAGGGGAUCGGCUCUCCAGACACACUAGAGGAGGAGAAGGUGGAGGAGGUGAGGAGGGAAAUGUUAGAGCUGCGGCAGCAACUGGACAAGGAGCGAUCAGCGCGUAUGCUGCUGGAGGAGCAGGUGCGCUCCCUGGACACCCAGCUGCACCCAGAGCGUUUGAAGGUGAUUACCCAACAGCUCGAGGAGGAGCAAGCACUCAUUCAGAGCCAGACACUCUUACGGCUGCAGCAGAUCCACGCAGCUGACAGACAAACUCCAAGUCCACAGGUCCUGGCGCACCCUGCCCCAACCCAUCACCCCACAGUCAUUGUCCCAGCUCCAACACUAAGCCAGCACGCCCACCAUCAUGUCACCGUGGUGACCAUGAGCCCGUCUGGCCACACCAGCACUGUGUCCACAUCCAGGCAGAAUCUGGACACCAUUGUGCAGGCCAUCCAGCACAUCGAACGCACUCAGGGUAGGAGAGCCAGUGCCGAGGAGGAACAGAGACGAGCGGUCAUUGUAAGCCCGGCCCAUGCAGCCAUGGACACGGCCUGCUCGGACACGGACACCGACACAGAGGGAGAGGACUGCUCAAUGAACUGAUUUGCCCUAUGAACACACACACACACACACACACACAUACACACAAACAAACAC